CACAAACACAAAUUUUUGCCAACUCUAAUCCCAAUCGACAAAAACGAAAAAGAAAAAAGAGGAAUUAGUUGAAAAAUAACGAGAAUAAUCUCUCUCUUUCUCUCUCCUCUUGAAUUUCAUUGAGAUGAAUGAGAAGGGAAGAAGAAGAAGCCUAACAACAUCACUAUCUAUGACUAUGACUAUGAGUCUCUCUCAUCAAUUUCUGAUUCUCAUCUUCGCCGGAAUUUUUGUUCCGGCGCCGGCGACGAGUAUUCGAUUUCCGGAAGUGACACCUCCCGAUAAUCAGCCAUUGAAAACCGCCAUUUUUGCACUCGGAAGUUUCUGGAGAUCUGAAGCUGUUUUCGGUUGCUUAAACGGUGUCGUUCGCACCACCGUCGGCUACUCUGGUGGCACUAAGCUUAAUCCUGAGUUUCGCAGCUUGGCCGAUCAUGCCGAAUCUGUACAGAUUGAAUAUGAUCCCAGAGUUCUAAGCUUCCGGCAACUUCUGGAGGUCUUCUGGUCAAGUCAUGAUUCAAGGCAGGUAUUUGGCCAGGGUCCUGAUGUUGGUGAUCAGUACAGAUCAAUUAUCUUUACGAAUGGCACAAGUGAGUCCAGAUUGGCAACCAUCACCAAGGAAAGGGAGCAGACUAAGUCAAAGAGCAGCAUAGUGACUACCCAAAUCCAACCUCUAGGAACUUUUUAUCCUGCUGAACCUGACCAUCAGAAAUUUGAGCUCAAAAGAAAUCCUUUUCUCCUUCACUUAAUUGGUAACCUUCCGGAAGAGGAGCUCCAGAAAUCGAACUUGGCGGCAAAAUUGAACAGUUAUGCAGCAGAACUUUGUCCCGCAAGGGUUCAGAAGCAAAUUGAUGCCAAGAUCAAUGACAUCAUGAGAAAAGGUUGGCCAGUUUUGAGGGAAAUCUAGUAGAACACCAAAUGGAGUACUAGAGUUGAAGUACUAUAUCUGAUUUUAGAUUAUCUUACAUCAGAAGUGUUGAAUUUCUGAUCAGCAAUAUUCCCUGGAAGGUUCUGCUGUUGGAGCUAAUUGUCAAUGUAGGAAGGUUUUUGCUGAUAUCUGUUGUAGAAUGAGCAUUCUUGUAAAAUGUACUUCUCCUAUCAAUUGUACACCAAGAAGUAUGUAUUCUCCUAUCAAUUGUACACUUCUUGGUGAUCUGCACACUCUGCACCAUGCACCUGAUAGUUGUAGUGCUUUAAGAGUAGAGUAGAAUGCAGUAGCAAUAAAUUGCCCCCUCAAACUAUGCUGAUUUGCGAACUGAACAUCAUUUUUUGGGUAUAAAAAUUUAUAUAUGGAGACUAGGAGGUUUGUGUUGUGUUCUGA